AUGGAAACCCCAACCACCCGUUUACGGAAGUCCGCGAAAACCGAACACGAUAGCAUGCCUGUCUCUCAAAAUCAAUACCUCCCACUGGCAGACGGAAACAAGCCUCCUUUGGCGAACGAGACGCCGGCCCCGCAAGCCUCCAGACCAAGCAAUGAACGAACGCCAACGAUAACGCGACCUUUGGACGUGGCAAAGUCCGGUUUUGCUACUCUGAAGAUGGUACUUGGAGAGAGCUACACGAGCUAUCUUCUCCCCUUUGUGUUUUUGGGAAUCAUCGCGGGGAAACAACAUUGGGAUGAUUCGCUGGUCUUUCUACUGAACUUUCUGGCGAUUCUUCCUCUUGCAUCAUUGCUCUCGUUUGCGACCGAAGAAUUGGCAAAAAGUGUGGGCCAAUUGCUUGGAGGAUUAAUUAAUGCGACAUUCGGCAAUGCGGUGGAAAUGAUUGUUGGAAUCACUGCUGUCGGUCGCGGCGAAAUGAACAUCGUUCAGUCAAGUAUGGUUGGAAGUAUUCUUUCUGGGAGUCUUCUGAUCCUAGGAUGCUGCCUUACUGCAGGCGGUUUGUCAAAAGACACAGUCACCUUCAACGUCGACGUCAGUGGAAUUUUAUCAUCGUUGAUGGUUGUCGCUUCGGCAUCACUGAUCAUUCCAUCCAUUCUGGAUGCAACUACACCUUCCAAAUCGGACGCAGUACAUGAUAGCGUUUUGAGCUUAUCACGAGCCACCUCGGUUGUCUUGCUCCUAUUUUAUCUCGUCUAUCUCCUCUUUCAGCUAAAGACUCACGCUGAUCUUUUCGUUGAUGGGUCUGGAACGGAGGAAGAGGAAGAAGAGAUCAAGCUUGGUCCUUGGUCUGCGAGUGCUGUGUUGAUCACAGCUACUCUGGGGGUUACUGCCUGCUCCGACUACCUCGUCGAUAGCGUCGACGGCUUCGUUGAGGUUUGGGGGGUGAGCCGAGCUUUCAUCGGACUCAUUGUUGUGCCAGUGAUUGGAAACGCAGGGGAGUUUAACACCGCUAUAACCGCAGCUAUGAAGGAUGGCAUGGAUCUGGCAAUAGGUGUCAUAGUUGGGAGCACACUCCAGAUUGCACUGUUUGUCAGUCCAUUCUUGGUGAUAUGCGGCUGGAUUAUCGGGCAACCCAUGUCUCUUCGUUAUAGCACAUUCGAGACGGUGGUGUUCUUCCUAUCAGUGAUCGUGAUGGACUGCUUGAUUCGUGGCGGACGAUCUAACUACUAUGAGGGAUUCCUAUUAAUUGGAACCUACCUGAUUAUAGCGAUCGCAUUCUACAUACAUCCAGACUCGGUCGACACGAUAGCCUGA